AUCAUUGGUAAAUAUCCGAGGAAUAUAGGACCUGGUGAAGAGAAGUAUAACGGCAUUCAUCGAACAGAGACAAAAUAUCGUGAUAAGUGCAAUCAAAGCUGUUGAAAUUGGCCCCUCCGCUUUAUUCGCUCCGACAAAUUGGCCAAUUCGAAUAGACGUAGAGACACAAAACCCAAGAGGAAAAGUACAGAAGAGCAUAGACUCAACAUUGUUAAGAAUAGUCUGAACAGCCAAAUAUUGUUCUCCACGAAUACCAGCAAGAAUGCUACCCGACUCACAGACCCACCACUCAAGACCCAGCAUCAUCAUUCCAGGAAUCGCUAGCUUGAACCAAGUGCCCCAAUCGUGCCACAAUUCAACAUGAAUAGCGUCCCAGGUUUUCCUAUAUAUCUUCGAAAUGUGAAUGUAGACCACGAUGACAAUGAGUUGUGACAAAAAUGCUAUUGAUUGGGAUAGAGCAGAUCCUACGAAUCCAUAUUGAGUGUAGUGGUAGAAGAGAUAGUGAGAUCCAAAGUUGACGAUAUUGCCGACAAUACUACCUACUAA